GCACCACUUAUCACAUGAGCGGUGAUUCCAUGUUGCAGCCAUAUGUGAAGCCAAAACAUCCCCCUUCACGAUUUCCAUACAUGCCUUCUGCGGAAGUGCAUAAAUAGCGAUGGAGGUAGAUGCAAAACCCCACCCCUCUUCUCCUCGCAAAACCCCAAAGGGUCAGUCUCAUUCUCUCUCUCUUUUUGCUUUCCUUCUCUCAGGAAGGAUCAAAAUUUCUGCCCAACAUGGGAAGCCGAACGACGGCCGGUGGUGGGAAAGCUUGCUUUCCGGCACAUACCAUCGUCAAAUUCAGGAAAAGCCAACUCUAUGAACCCCCUUCCAUUGCUCUUGUUAUCGAGGAUGAUAACAUGCUGCUCGAAAUCCUUGCUCGAGUUCCUGUGAAAGCGCUGUUCGCGUUCAAGUGCGUGUCCAAGCGGUGGUGCUGUUUGAUUUCUCAACCUUCCUUUGCCCGCACGUACGUUCGCCGCAGAAUCGAGUCUCCGAAGGAGUAUCCUCCGGCGUGGACGCUCCUUUACCAGUUCACCUAUGGCCGGGGGUUUUCUGAUAUUCCUCCUGACCCAGAAUCAUUGCGGCGAUUAUGCUCCGGCGCGCACAAAUCCCCCGGCCUGUCCGUGCUGGUGCCGCCUCUUCAUGUGUCCCACAAUCGCGUGCUGACUAUCUUAGCAUCGAGCAAUGGAUUGCUGCUUUCUCGCCUUGAUGGGUACUUCGUCUGCAACCCCAUUACCCAGCAAUGGGUGGCGCUUCCUUUGCCGCCUCACCGCCUCAAAUACGUCAUCGAGGGCUUUGUCACCCAAGCUGAGGACGGGAUUGUCGCAGCCUACAAGGUUGUUCGAAUGGAACGCCUCUGCGAAAAUACUCGCGUCCUCAACAUUGAAAUUUUCGCUUCUGAAACCGGUGAAUGGAAGAGCUAUAGGGCCUUUACCCCAAAUUCAGUCCAGCUUCUGGACUAUCGCCCUGUUCUGUAUAACGGGCUCCUUCAUUGGUAUGAUAUUGGAUACAGAAUGGUGGGCUAUGAUCCUAACGGCAGCUCGGAUCGCUGCCGCCUGAUCAACCUGCCCAGAACUGAGGAGUCGAUCUUGCUUAAUGAGAAGUACAGUGGGAUCACCAGGUUCUGUCAGGUGUCUGGGGAGAGUUUGCGCUAUUUCGAGGUUAUUCAGGGUGUUGAGAAACCGAGUUUAAGGGUGUGGGGACUUAGGAACUAUGAAACAGGGGAGUGGAGCAUGGAGUAUAGGAUUAUCUGCGGUGAAAUCUUGUCUGCUGACGCGUACGUAAGUAGCUUGCCAGGCGUGGCUCUCCCGCUAGCUUGCGACCCCUUUGAUGUGGAUGUUGUGUAUCUCUGGUGCGGGAGAGGGCUUGUCUGUUGUGAUGUUGGGAACAGAAAGUUUGAGAUCAUUCGCCAUCCCGUUUUCAGCAAAAUGAUGCUGUUUUGGUCUCUGGUCUACCCAUAUAUGCUAGUGUGGCCAACACCAGUUCCUCUUCCAGCUGGGAGGGCCCCCUGAAAGUUGAGCAUCACAGUUGUUUAGUAUGGUUACAGUUAAUCUGUACACCAGUGGAGAUGUUAUAGUUACUGCUUUGUCAUAAAUUUCAUUUACCGAUACUUCAUGUUCAGCAAGUUACCAGAAUCUAUGUUGUAAUACCUAUGUGUGCUUCAAGUGUAGAUAACUUGCUCAGAAAUGUUAGCUGUGUUUUGUGUUUUGCCCAUGAAUCCCUGUCUUUGUCCAAUGCUUUAUUCAAUAAACUAAAUUCUUAGUUCAUAAUA